AUGACGCUCGAAGUACCACCCGGCACUCCCGACCGCGGGCCGGGCCUGGUGGCUCUGUGUGUCUUCUUGAUCGUUCUUGUGACCGUCGCCACUACUGCCCGCGUUGCUUCAAAGUUCAUCGUCAAGCAGUACUGGUGGUGGGAUGACUUCUUCGCCCUGCUUGCGCUGCCCAUCCAGCUCACUCUGCUUGGAAUGAUCCUCUCCUGGCGAGAGAUCGGACUCGGCCUCCAUGCCGAUGUAGUCGCCGCGCAGGACCCUUUGCUGCUCAUAGAAAGCGGAAGACGCCUGUAUAUCGCUGUCUUCUUCUUCGACAGCUCCAUAUCUUUCCCCAAGCUGUCGGCCAUCUGCUUCUACGCGCGCAUCUUUCCCUCCCACAACAAAGCGUUCCGGUACAACCUCUGGUUCGUUGGCAGUCUGGUCACGGGCUGGAUCGUCUCCGCCAUCUUUUCGACAAUCUUCCAAUGCACGCCAAUCGCGAAAGCCUGGAACCCCACACUACCGGGGCACUGCAUCGACGACUUCGCCUGGUACCUAAGCACGGCGGCCAUCUCCGUCAUCGUCGACUUCUACAUCCUGCUGCUCCCGGUCCCCAUGAUAUGGGCGCUGAACACGACCUUGAGGCGGCGCGUGUACCUGCUAGGCGCCUUCUUCCUGACCUACUCGGUCAUCGUGAUCUCGCUCGGCAGAAUGGUGUCGACGAUCGAGCUCAUCCCGACGGUCACGGACGACCUGACGUGGCGCUUCCCGCUCUACCUCUACUGGGCGUGCCUCGAGGGCUCCAUCUCCCUCGUCAGCAUCAGCGCGCCCAACAUCAUCGGCCUGGUCAAGGCGCUCGCGCGCCCGGCAAGCAAGCGCACGCGCAUUGGCGACAAGGGCAGCAACAAUAGCUACGACUCGAAAUUCGCGCGUUCCGCUGCCAGCGGCCGGGGCUCGGUGGCUGUGCCGGGUCGGCCGGCCGCGCUCCACGACGACCGCGAUGGCUUCGAGCGGCUGGUCGACAAUCAUAAUGUCUGGGAUACCACGGUGAAGGCGCAGAGCCACGAGGUGUCUAGGCAUGGCAGCGGCACGGCGAUACCGCUGGACAGUAUACAUGUGCAGACCCAGAUAAGCGUGGUGGAUGACGGCCACUCGCGCACACACGGGUAUGCAGUAUGA